AAUGUAAACUCUGAAUCAGCAAUAUUCACCUCGUUCCCACAAGAAAACUGAUCAUGGCAGCAACACUGCAACAAAUUACUACAAUAACUGGAGUGGAACUUGAGCCACCUCCUCCAUCCUUGAAGGCAGAAUUCCAAACCCUAUUGACACCAGAAGCGAUCCAAUUCCUAGCAGAAUUGGUCUCUACUUUUGAUGCGGAUGUUGAUGAGAUACUACGGUUGAGAAUCAGUACGAAGCUGGAACUGGAUUGUCGUGGUGGACUUCCUGAGUUCUUGCCCCUUACCUCAUACAUCCGGAAGGAUGAAUCCUGGAGAGUUGAGCCAGUCCCUCGGAGGUUGCAGAACAGGCACAUUGAUCUUGGUGAUGUGUCUCCAGCCAACACUGAACAUUUCAUCAAAGCCUUAUGUUCCAGUGCACAGGGCAUUCAGACAGAUUUUGAUGAUGGUCACUGUCCAACCUACUUUAAUCAAAUCCAAGGUCUUUUCAAUGUGUACAAGGCAGUUCACAAUCAGAUUCCAGAUGUACCACCUAUUUCAAAGGCACCCAUUCUAAUGCUAAGGCCUAGAGCAUGGAACAUGGUUGAACACAACUUGCUGGUCAAUGGAAAGGAGGUGCCUGGUCCACUGUUUGACUUUGGAUUAUUGAUGUACCACAAUGGGCAAAUAUUAUUCGAAAAUGAAUGUGGUCCUUUCUUUUAUCUGUCAAAGGUUGAAAGCCAUUUGGAGGCCAAAUUGUGGAACAAUAUAUUUGUUUGGGUUCAAAAGAAGUUGGGUUUGCCAGUUGGAUCUAUCAAAGCCACUGUCUUAAUAGAAAGUAUCUUGGCUACGUUUGAGAUGGAGGAGAUUCUUUAUGAGUUGCGAGCCCAUUCUGCUGGGUUGAACUGUGGCAUCUGGGAUUACUCAGCCUCUUUUGUGAACAAAUUUGGAUGUCGUCGAGAGUUCCUCUUACCAGAUCGCAGUAAAUAUGUGAAUAUGGAGAAACAUUUUUUGAAGCAUUACAUGGAUCUUCUGGUAAAGACUUGCCAUAAGCGAGGUGCUUUGGCAACUGGAGGAAUGGCAGCACUGUUACUGCCCCAAGACAAGGGGAGCUUGGCCUACCAGAGAGUAAUAGCAAUUGUCACACGCUUGAAGCUGCUUGAAAUAAAUGCUGGAGUUGAUGGAUUCAUGGUGUAUGAUAUGGACCUGAUUGAGCCAAUGACAAAGCUUUUCUUGGAACACACAAAGGGACAUAAUCAGCUGCAUAUCCUACGAAAAGAUGUGGAUGUGACAGCUAGUGAUCUGCUCACCAUGCCUUCUGGUGGGGUUACCCUGCACGGACUAAAAUACAACAUUGGUGUUGGUAUUCUCUUCAUUGAAGCUUGGCUAAGAGGCCAAGGUCAUUUUUAUUUUCGGGGUCAAGUGGAGGAUUCAGCUACUGCAGAAAUUUCCCGAUCACAGGUUUGGCAGUGGAUUCGACAUGGAGUAAAAUUGGAGGAUGACAACAGAGUUGUCACCAGGAACCUUGUACACAUGCUUGUAAAGGAAUUAGGACCGGACCUACAGGAGGUUUUGGGCUCCUACACUGACAGCUGCAAACGACGACUUACUGUUGCUUCAGAAAUGUUCCUUGAAAUUGUGCAAAAACGAGAUUUCCCAGAAUUCCUCACCACAUACCUGAACUUGGAACACACAUUUUUAAGUGCAAACCAUUAAUUCCGUAGAAUUUGUAUUCAACAAUGCAAGAUUGUUAUUCCAGCAAUGUUUUUGUAUGCAAAAGCAAAUUAUAAAUGGCAAACUUUACAAAGGACUUCAAAAAAUUUUUUCAAAAAUUCCAGGAUCAGCACUAUUAUUGCAUUUUUAAUGUUUCUAGAAAAACCCUUUAAACCUCAUGUAAACAUGUGCAAGUUCACAUACUGAAACUGAGAAGUGAUUUGCCACUGCUGCAGGUUUCAACCAAGUAUUGCACUACCAAAUCCUUUGCAAUCCAGUACUUUCAAAGUUUUAAAAAUACUAAGGUAUUUUGCUACCUUGUCAAAUGAAAGCCAACAUGUGAUUAAUCACAAUCACCCACUGGCAAGAAUUCCACAUAAAUUUUGUACAACAUAAAAGAAACCUCUAUUCGAGGGUGGGACUGCAAGCAAUGCAGAAUUUUGAGGAAACACUCGUCAGGGUACAACAGUUAGAUGAAUAGAGAAUUCCAAAGAUUCCUAUUCUAGUGAAGACAUUCCUGAUCUCAGUUCGAAAUGGCCGAUCCCAAACCAUGAAAAUGUUAAAUCUAGAAACUGAUCAGCAUUCCCUUGCAAAGCCCUCUCAAGAAUUUCAUAUCAUUUCAACGAGAUGACCUCCCAUCCUUUCAAACUUUAGACAAUACAGGCUCAUUCUACCCAACAUGAGAAACAAUAGAUCGAUACCUUGGUGGCCAGGUUUUGAAUCAAGAGCAAUGAACAGAAUAUAAAAAGUUUUUAUUUUGAGCACUUUCGUUUUGGACAGCUAUUUAAUAAAACAGAUUUCCAGUAUCUGUAACAUUUUCCUUUGUUUUCAAAUAUUCACUCUUUUAAAGAGGGAUCAACAGCAGGGUUUAACAGUUGUUGAUACACUGACUUAUUGGUAGAGUGAUUGCUAAAAGUGAAUUGCUUUGACACAGGAAAAAGAGAAUGCUGGAAAAGCUCUAAAUGGAGGGUCACUCAGCUCAAAACAUUAACCCUUUCUGCAGAUGCUGUCAGACCUGCUGAGUUUUUCCAGCAAUUUGUUUUUGUUUCAAAUUUACAGCAUCUGCAGUUCCUUUGGAUUUUAUUUGCCUUGUCACUAAGUGUCUAUACUGCAUUUUUUAAAUUGGUCGAAAGCUGUUGAGAAAUUUCUGUUGUCUUAGUCUUAUUGGACAAUAGGGCUGCUCUCUAAUAAGAAGAUAGAUGACUGGUGGUAAUUUAACCUGAGGGCCACCAUACCUGAGGUGAGAGAGUGAGAAUGAGACUCCUUCAUGGUAACCUCAAAUGGGAAUCGAACCCAUGCUGUUGGCAUCAGACUGCUUUGCAAAUCUACCAUCAGCCAACUGAGCUAAACCAACCCCUGUUGGGAAACUAAUUAGAUAGCCAAUAGAAAUAAUGAAACAGUGGAAAGUUGAUAUUUUGCGACAAGGAUACUGAGUGCUGGCAAACGCCUGCCGAUUUUUUUUUAAAAUGGAAAGUGUUGGAAAUAUACAGGUCCAACAGCACCUAGAGAAAAUAGAUAACCUUUUGAAUGUAAACUUAUUAAAGUCCUAGAUCAUGGCUAUGUCCAGAUUUUGUUUAACAAGUACUGCUGUUUACCAUGCUGAAACAUACACUGAACUCUUUAUAGAAGACAGCAAAGUCAAAUACUUUGUACUGAAAAUUUAACUAGUACCAAUUAAAGUGUUAAAGGAAACUUGUUCCAUUCCAAUUUUGUGCCAA